ACACCCGGCCCGGCUCCCGAGGGCGCCAGCGCGGCCCCGGGGAGCGCGAGGAGCCGGCGAGCGCGCGGCCUGCCGUUGGCGGCCUGGUGCGCCACGCUCGGCGCCCACCCGCCCCCUAGCUGGGGUGCAAGACCCCGGGAAGAUGGUGUCCUGGAUGAUCUCCAGAGCCGUGGUGUUGGUGUUUGGAAUGCUUUAUCCUGCAUAUUAUUCGUACAAAGCUGUGAAAACAAAAAACGUGAAGGAAUAUGUCCGAUGGAUGAUGUACUGGAUUGUUUUUGCUCUCUAUACUGUGAUUGAAACAAUAACAGAUCAAACAGUUGCUUGGUUCCCCCUGUACUAUGAGCUUAAGAUUGCUUUUGUCAUAUGGCUGCUCUCUCCCUAUACCAAAGGAGCAAGUUUAAUAUAUAGAAAAUUCCUUCAUCCACUUCUUUCUUCAAAGGAAAGGGAGAUUGAUGACUAUAUUGUACAAGCAAAGGAGCGGGGCUAUGAGACCGUGGUAAACUUCGGGCGGCAAGGUUUAGCUUUCGCAGCCACUGCUGCUGUCACUGCAGCGGUGAAGAGCCAAGGAGCAAUAACGGAACGUUUACGAAGUUUUAGUAUGCACGAUCUAACAGCUAUCCAAGGGGAUGAGCCUGUGGGACAAAGAUCAUACCAAUCUCUACAAGAAGCAAAAAAGAAAAGUAAAUCAGUCUCCGGUGAAUCAGCAGGUUAUGGAAUUCCGCUGAAAGACGGAGAUGAGAAAACCGAUGAAGAAGCCGAAGGGCCGUAUUCAGAUGAUGAGAUGUUAACGCACAAAGGGCUUCGAAGAUCGCAAAGCAUGAAAUCCGUGAAAACCGUGAAAGGCCGCAAAGAGGUGCGAUACGGGUCACUAAAAUAUAAAGUGAAGAAGAGACCACAGGUGUAUUUUUAGUCAUCUGCACCUCAAGAUCCCAAGACAAGUUAUGCUAAUCCAUCAGCUUUUCUUCUAACAUUAUCCAGGAUUUACACAUUAAAAUAAUACUUUAAACUGUGGCGGUGAUAGGGUUUAUUUUCAUCAAUCUAAGUAGCUUUUGUUUCUUUAACCAUUACUUCCAUGUCCUGACUACUCCAGGUAAUUAUGCAAAGCUUAUUUAUAUAUAUAUAUACAUAUAUAUAUAUAUAUAUAUAUGUAUAUAUAUAUGUAUAUCUAUACAUGUGUACAUAUAUAGAUAUACAUAUAUAUCUCAGAAAUAGUAGAAAAUUGUGUUAUCUGUUUUCAAAUUCCUCAACAACAUUGAGUGCCUGGGACAUUAAGAUGAAACACAAACCCACAGUAUACUUGAAAAGAGUCUUUUUACAGUUUAAGAUACAUCAGCCUUUGUGGUAUUGUAUUGUGUUUACCUCCAUUUAUGUUAUAUCUAUCACAUGAGGAUAGUAAUUAGAUAGGCCUCUGAUCAGCAGUGAUAGGACAAGGGCAUAAUGUAAGAUAUAGUGUGUUUUAUAUAUUCUUCAAAUUUUUACUUUUAACAUACUUGUUGGUUUUUCCACCAUCAGCUGAACGUUUUCGAAACAAAUAUUUGAAAGCCAGGUCUCCACAUAGCACUUUUAUUCCUGACUAGUUUUGCACACUUGAAAAUUGUUUACUUAUUUACGACUGUACAUUUAUUUUAAGCUUUACUGACACUUUAUUGUUAUUUGUCAUAUCCUGACAUGUCACAUUUAUGCCUCGAAUUUCAUCAUCUCUUUUCCUGUGGGUUUCAUUUGUUAAAUUUGUUAGGUUCUAAUAAUAUGAAAAUACACCUAAUUGUCCAACUUUAACUAUUUUUAAUUCUCUCCUCUAUAGAUAAGAUGUCUCUGUUUUAGACAUCAACUAGUUUUCCAUAUUUAACCCUACAUUGGUAGUCAAACUUAGCAUGUUUUUGUUAACACUGGUGACAUUUUCAGCAUUUAGAAGCAGUAGCUUUAAAAAAAAAAAAAAAAAAAGUAGUAGCUUUUGUGAAACAGAGUCACAAAAUUAUCCAGCAGUCAGUCCAUUCACAAGGUUGACCUCCUAUGUGCUGCUGACUUAUAAAUCUGUAUUGACUACAUUUGAAUCACUCAUCUUUCUGGCUGAGAUCAUUUCCUGAAUAUAGGUGCCAAUGCAAAAUACAGAUGUUAAUCUUACAUACUAGAAACUAUUAGAAUAGAUAUUAGAAAAAUGUAUUUUAAUCCAAGAGACUGUGAGUUACUAAAUGUGGAGGGUUUUUUAGGUUGCAUUGAUAACUAUGCAUUAACUCUGUUAAUGGUGGUGGUUUUAGUGAUCACUCAUCAAAUUGGUACAGUUGUAACCAUUCAGAUAAUUUACUUGACUGUUCUGUUUGUCCAAAAGAGAAAACAAUGAGUGAGAUUUGUGAGAUCUUUGACCUUUCUACCUUUUAAGAAGUGAAACCAGCUGGCAAUGUAUAUUCAGGACCUCCUCGGAUUGUUGGCAGAGGAUAGAAUGUUUACUUAGGACUACCUUAGUUUAAUUCAUACAUUUCUCUUGAUACAUUCUCUUAAAACAUUAUCUAGACUCUCUCACAUUCUUGAUAUGUGACACCAAGAAAAAAUUCCCUCAACUUUGUUUCUCUGAAAGUUUAAUUCUAUGAGUGUCUUCAUUACUUUACCAUGACUAAUUUUUAGCCUUUUAGUUUUCUAAAAAGACUCAUUUGUGUUCAAAAUUCCUAGAAAUCCUGAUUAUAAACUCUUGGAAGAGAGUUUUUAUUUACAUUGCCUAGUCCUAGACUUACCAAUGUAAAUGCUACACCAUGUUUGUCUUUCCCACCCAAAGGCAGCGUCAUCUCGAGUUGCCUGACAAAGUCAUGUAAGUGACUUUAUAUAAAAACAUUACCUCUGGGGGCUGCUCUGUGCCACUUUAUGUUUCCUAAGACUAAAGUAUUAAACCUAUUCUGUAAUUAUAGUAAACUCAUAAAUACUGCUCUAAAUCGGAGGGAUUAUUUAUCCCUUUACACUCCUACAAACAAAGACAAGACCAGUCACAAAGAGGUAAUGAGUGUCCUUUUUAAAUCUCUCUCUCCACACAGUGUUCCCUCUGAUCUAUUUCUCCUGUUACAUCUUUACAGGCAGUGGAUGUCAUUUUGCUAUUCUAUUACUUCCUUUCUCUCCUUUUCUUACAUUUCUGAGAUUUUGCUGCUUUUCCCUUGUGUGUGUUUUAGCAUGCCCUUUCCUUUGAACUUUGUAUGAUAAGCUCACAAAUCUUAGCCUCUUUGAAAGUGGAGCGGGCCAUUUUUUGUUUCUCUGCUUUUGAAUCCACUGCUUUUAAAAGAAGGAACUUAUCUCUAGACCACAGUGCCUUGCUUUCCCACCACCACCAUUUGGUGAAUGGGCAUCAGACGCUGCACAAGCCUAUUUAAGGGCACUAUUUUGGUGGCUGUUGAAGUUUAUGCAGAAAUUGUAGCCGGUGUUUUAUUAUAUAUUUUUCAACUUGUGCACUAAUAUUAACUAUUACCAGAGGUUUUGGAAGUGACAGUUGAUCUAUUCUUCAGUUUACCAUGCUUUUUCUGGGAUAAAAAAGAGCCAGAAGUAUGUCUUAUUGCUAAGUAAUUAAUUAUGUAAACCCACCUAGGUCCUGCACAAGAUUCCCUCCACACGAUUCACUAUUCCAUAUAUGUACGUGGAUUUGGCUAGAAAGUGGUAAGUGUCAGCAUUUGCUAAUUAUAAGUACUUGACUAUACAGAUUGAUGGAACAAAUUAUUAAAAUAUUUUCAGGGAACUAAUCCAUAUGUCACCACCAAAGAUUUCUACAGUGUUAUAAAAUAUGUAAAUACUCCAAAUUUCUGUAAAACACUGGUUAGUUAAAUACAUUUUAUUUCAUGUCUUUUUUUUUAAAUAACACAGUUUGAGCUUCUGUAAUACUUGAACUUCUGUGUUGUUAAAAAUAACCCAAUGUUACCUUCUAUGAAAUAUUAGUAAUUUGUAUGUUUAAUUGGAAUGGACUAAAUUUUUAUUUUGAUUUUCUCGUAUUGGGAAGAUUAAGGAGUUAAUAUGUAUUGACAAACAGUUUCCUAAAUGUUGUCCUGUAUAGGCUGAUUCAUUGACAAAGCAAUUUGGUGAUUUUGAGGCGAUCAUUGUUACUGUGGUAGGCAGUGUAUAUUUCUUAGUAAACAGCAUUUACAUUUGCUUAAGUUUACUAAGUUUUACUGAGUAAAACUUUGUGAAAGAAAAAUAUGGCUUUUUCCUCUAAAUGCUCAAGAUUUCGUCUACUGGUAGUGUCCUACAGAUUUAUUGUACAUUAACUUUUUUAAAAUGGACCAUGAAUUAACAUUUUCACCUCUAACACCUCUUAAAUCUGUGUACUUUAAUAGUUAAGAGAAAGCAGUUUUAUAAUUUUUUAAACUCUUUGUAAAGGCUAUCUUUAGGCUUAGUCUGGGGGUAAUUUUACAGAUGUGUUUUUUGAAAACUUUAAUAUAAAAUAAACUCAUUUUAUUAGUGACAA